AUGAAGCUGUAUGUGAUCCUUGUUUUUAUAUGUGCUCUGAUCAGUGCAUCGGAGAACUUUGAAUAUGCAGAGUGUGGGAACAGACCCCUAGUGAAUGAAGCCAAUGGCCCUCGUGUGGUAGGGGCCAAGUUUGGAGAGCCUACUGACUGGCCGUGGAUAGUUAGUAUCCAGGAGGGCAUUGAUGGUGAUUAUUUUCAUUCAUGCGGAGGGGUGGUUCUGAAUCAUUUGUGGGUUCUCACAGCUGCCCAUUGCUUUAAGCAUCGCGGCGAUGAUUUGACUUUCUGGAGAGUUGUGGUUGGUGCCAACCCACUAUCGGACCCGGGGACAGAUGCUCAGAUCCGAACCCUAAAAGAAAUAAUUCAACAUGAGGACUACAACCCUGCAAUUGAAUACAAUGACAUUGCUUUGCUCCGGCUGAAUACGUCGAUCUUCUUUGACACGAAUGCUCAGCCUGCCUGCCUUCCACCCAAAGCAGCGAUUCUCAGUAACGUGGAUAACUGCUACGCUGUAGGCUGGGGUGUCAUCCAAGAAGGAUCCACUGCGCCAUCAAACGUCUUUCAGGAAACCAAGGUAAAUUUGAUUUCUGUUGAACGCUGCAACCGCCCGAGCUGGUACAACGGUGCUGUGGGUGAGUACAACCUGUGUGCGGGAAAUGAACAGGAAGGCAUCGAUAGCUGCCACGGCGACCAUGGAGGAGCUUUGAUGUGCAAAAGAAGCAAAACCAAGUUCUAUACUCUGGUUGGCAUAAACAGCUGGGGCUCCAGCUGUAGCAAGAAGCAAAGCCCUCAAAUUUACACUUCAACGCAGCACUAUCUCGACUGGAUCUAUGGACACAUCGAUAAAUCCAAAAAGAUUCAAAAGAGAGCCGUGGAGAAAAACAUCUGGCAAAAAUUAGCCAAAAUGAUCACCAACGUCGGCAAGAAGAUUGGUGUAUUUUAG